CGUGACCAUGACGACGCGCGUACUCACGUCACCGGGUUCACCUGUGCCCUGCCGAACCUGUUUAUCCUGCUUACCCAAGAGAAGUCGUCAGGUCCGUGUUUAUAACGAGAAAUAGGUCAUUAUGUUGAACUGGGGGCAUAGUAUACGGAACUAUUUGGAAAUUUCUGACUUUUAACGAUUGUGUUAUAUCGACUUAUGGUGCCUCGGACUUCGACCUAGUUUUACCAUCCGUAUCAACGAGGAAGUAGUCGAAGCCGUUGAACUCAGGUGUAUAACGCUAUGCCAGACCCAGGAAAAGUGAUCGAAUGGGCAAAUUUCUUUAUAUACGACACUUAAGAUAGAUGGAAAACUAGUUUUUAUAUUUCAAAUCAGAGCAACAAGUGUAUUUUUCGAGCUAGGGGACAUCCUCAACGACACCGGGGCCAAGAUGAACGCCUCGGCAUUGGAUCAAUACACCCAAAACGAGUCCUUUGUUCACCUGCCAGCGCCCAUCCUGCCAGUUAUGUCGGACGAAUCCAACAUGACUAUUCUUCGGGACGGGAAUGGGACCAUCCUGAAGGGUCAUCAAAUCUUCCUAAACACCAUGACCGCUCAGGCCCUCUCGGGCAUUUUCGUGUGGUCUGCGUUGCUUAUUACCUGUCACCAGAUAUACACACACCUGCGGUCUUACACGGUGCCAAACGAACAGCGCUACAUCAUCCGCAUACUGUUCAUCGUGCCCGUGUACGCCUUCGACUCCUGGCUCAGCCUGCUCUUCAUCAGCAACGACCAGUACUACGUCUACUUUGACUCCGUCCGUGACUGCUAUGAAGCAUUCGUCAUAUACAAUUUUCUGAGCCUGGCGUUCGAGUACCUCGGGGGAGAGAGUGCUAUCAUGUCAGAGAUCCGAGGAAAACCCAUACAGUCAAGUUGCCUCUAUGGAACCUGCUGUUUGUUUGGAAUGAGCUAUUCAAUUGGCUUUCUACGAUUCUGUAAACAGGCUACCCUUCAGUUCUGCGUGGUCAAGCCCAUCAUGUCGGUCAUCACCAUCAUCCUGCAGGCGGAGGGCAGGUAUCAUGAUGGUGAUUUCAGCGUCAACGGAGGAUACCUGUACAUCAGCAUCAUCUACAACUUCUCUGUCAGCCUGUCCCUCUACGCCCUCUUCCUCUUCUUCUUCGCCACGAGUGACCUGCUCCGGCCCUACGAACCGGUGCUGAAGUUCCUCACCAUCAAAUCGGUCAUCUUCCUUUCCUUCUGGCAAGGCAUGGUGCUGGCCCUCCUGGAGCGGUGUGGCGUGAUCCCCAACGCGCGGCUCAUCGACGGCCACGAGGUGGGCGCCGGCACGGUGGCGGCGGGCUGGCAGAACUUCAUCAUCUGCAUCGAGAUGUUCUUCGCCGCCAUCGCCCUCCGCUACGCCUUCACCUGCGACGUCUACCAGGAGAAGAAGAACGAAAUACCAGCGAACAACGCCCCCAUGCAGAGCAUCUCCAGCGGCCUGAAGGAGACCAUGAACCCGGGGGACAUGGUCCAGGACGCCAUCCACAACUUCUCGCCCGCCUACCAGCAGUACGCCCAGCAGUCCACGCAGGAGGUGGUCCAGCCCAGCCAGACCGCCAAGCAGGGCCCCGGGAGCAACGGCAAAGCCCCGCGCAAAUCGGACAAGAUCAUGCUCAUCACCUCAGACGAUGACUUCUAAAUUGCACGUUGCGUUCGUCCCGUCAGCCAUGCCCAAGGCCCCCCCCCCCCCCUAACCGUGCUCCUCCCCCUGCUUCUCCCCCCUCCGCCCUCCACUCCUGCUCCAUUUUGUGCAACUGCCGUAUCAAGGAAGAACUUGCACGACUGCUGUACCUUUUUAAUACUCUGGAGCAGCGAGGGGCGCCAUUGUGUGUCGUCUCGCUACAAUGCGAUUCACGCGGAGCGCUGAGCAGGGAUGACGGCUCCAGCUCAACAAUGAUUAUUAGAAGGGAGGGGAGAAUCGCCUCAUUUUAACCACGGAGGGACCAAGUCAGGGAUAUAUACGAUACGUCGUAUUACAACUAUGUAUCGAUAACAUGAGUGGCCAAAUGAAGAGCGUUCUGCCUGACUCUUGUUGUUUUCAUGAGGUUUAUGGCCAUAUGCAGCCAGCAUAGAGGAUGGACCGGGAAAGUGGUCAUGGCAAGGUCUGAGUCCUCCUGGCCCUGAUCUCUCUCUCUCUCUCUCUCUCUCUCUUGCCUCUCAUCUCCUCGUUUUGAAGUGUUUGGUUCCUUCUGUGGGGCUUCAUCUGACAGGCGAGAUGAUUCUGUCAAAAGGGGGCACUUCAAACCACAUAGAUUUGGUGGGGUGGAAUCCUUUUAGCAGCUGGCUACAAGCGUGGGCAAAAUGGAUGGAAGCGGCUGGUCUCCCACCAACCGAAACAUUCCAGCGGGGUCCUCAUUAGUUUUCCUCAGCCCUGUGCAGAAGAAGCCUGUAGUUUGUUCUGCUGUGCUUGAGAGGGGUUUAACCAACGUAAAGAGCAUCAAGUCUCCUGGCAUCUCGCGGCAUCAUCUUUCUACUCCAUCUACUUAUUAUUUUUUGUAUUAUAUGUAAAGGAAUAGUUCUGAUUGGUCUGUUGUGUGAUUUUUACCUUGAAGAGAUAUUUUUAACUGGAUAUACAAAUUGUUUUGGUGCAAACUACUUUGAACAUAUAAAAUUGUUUUAAGCAAAAUGUUGAUGUAAAUAUUGAACUUUGAAGCAUUUUCAAAGCAUGUUUGUGAAUACCUUGUUUGAUUUCAAUCUGUCUUUGUACUGAAGUAAUGCAGGCUAUACAUAACUCUUGCUUCGGUGUGAAGUAAUCAAAAUUUCACUUGUGCCAUAGCUUUUUUCCUGGGAAAGCAGAAUUAACUUUUGAAGAUGGGCACAAAGUGUAAUUUACAUGAUAAAGAGAUUGUUCUGUUUUUUUUUUUUUUCUCUGACUGAUGUAAAAUAAAUAAUUUAAUAUGGUUGCUUGCUGGCAUGAGUGUGCUCAAAGGACUCCCUCUGUGUUUUAGGUAGAAAGGGGAAUCUUUAUUUAAAAGUACAAAAGGGACAUGGCUAAACUUUGGUUUAGCUUAUCUUGAGUACAGGAAGAAAUACAGAUUUACUUUAUACAUGUUGGUACCUCAUUGGAAUAUGGACAAUUUGUGAAUGUAACAAAAUCAAUUAAAUAAAUAUAAAAUAUAUAGGAAAGGACUUGAGUUGCUGCUCGCUGUCGUUAAUAGUGUCACUGUUGGCUAUAAUCUUUGUACAAUUUUCUUUCUCUAGACUAAACAGUAAGCCUACCCACUUAUUAUUCCAAUAAUUUAUGAAAUAGUGUAGAGUAUGUAACUCGUCCAUAAAGAUUUAACCAAUAUUACCAAUACCAUUUUGUGGACAGAAGCAACACUUUACACACAAUUCAUUAAAAAUGGUAGCAAAAUUUAGAACACAUAUCUCUAAAAAUCCAGAUCAGACAAAGGCAUUUGCAAAAAGUGCUUGAAUGAUUAAAAAAUUUCAAUUUAUUCAUGUUAUAAACUUCACC